AUGGACUGCGGCACCGGUGCGGCGCUGGGGCAGCAGCUCGCAAAGGAUGCCUUCCACAUGCACGGCGGCGUCGGGGUAGGCCCUACCGGCAACCCCGAGCAGGACGUCCUCAUGAACGAGAUGAUGCGGGUGCAGUCACCGACGGGGCACGCGCCCGACUGGACGCAUCAGUUCGUUGCGCACCAGCAGCAGCAGCACCCUCAGCAGGUGGCGAUGCGGCGUCAGCAGAAUGAGGUUUUCAUGCUUCAACAACAGCAGAUGGAGGAGGCGUUUCGUACAUCUUCUGCGAGACACCCUCAGCAGCAGCAGCAGCCACAUCCGCAUCAUCACCUUCAUGCGCCUGGGAUGAUGGGACCUGGGAUGAUGGGACCGAUGAUGUACGGGGCUGGAAUGGGUGGCUUUAUGGGUGCAGCACCUUCGAUGAUGGCGCACGCCCCAACGGCAUUUGCGGGAAAUACAGUUGCCAUGCCGACUGCAACCAACGCGGCAAAGACGGAGGAUGCCACUGCGACAAGCAUCACAACGGAGCAGGAGCAGGGCGACAGUGGGUGGGUGGAAAAGUUGCGGGAUGCGGAGUGGGCGCAGGACUAUACUGAGGCGCAGGUCUUUACCCUUGAGGGGCAGCCAGAGCAAACGAUGGAGGAACAUGGUCGCAGUUCGGAGUUUUACAAGUUUAUGGACCAGAUCCGCAACAAGGAGCUGCUCAUCGAUGAGGAGACGGGGGAGGUGGUGCAGGGCCCUGGGCCCGACCCGGAUAUGCCUGAGGACACGGCAUACUUGAAGGAGUGGGCCACUGCGGAGGCGCUGGGGCUCCCGCCAGGCGUCUUUGAGCCCAUGAGGCAGCGCCCACAUGGACUCGACCGACAGCGGGAGGGUUACCUGCAGGAUGGUGGCGAUGAGGCCCUGAUGGAUGACUUCGGCGCUGAGCACAACGCCGACUUGGACGAGUGGGCGAGGGAGUACGCCGAGAUGCAGGAGCGCAUGCAACGCGCCCAGAACGACACGGACUACCCCUUUGAGCCCAACAACCCGUACAUGUACCACGACAAGCCGAUGGAGGAGGGGCUCGCCAUGCUGCAGCUGGCAAAUCUGGCGGAGGCCGCACUUGCUUUUGAGGCGGUGUGCCAAAAGGAGCCGGAAAACAUUGAGAGCUGGCGGCUGCUUGGCAAGACGCAGGCAGAGAACGAGAAGGACAACCUUGCCAUCAUUGCGCUGAACCACGCACGCAUGCUAAACCCAAAAGACAUCGCCGUUCACGCGGCACUUGCCGUGUCGCACACAAAUGAGCACAACGUGCAGGCGGCGCUACAGGCGCUGCGCUCCUGGCUGUUGUCUCAGCCGCAGUACGAGUCACUCGGCUCGGUGCCGCUGCACGAGGGGGAGGAGGCUGAAGCAGACCUGGACGAGAUGGAUGACAACUACUUCUACGCCUCGCCGAGCGAGUACCGCGACUGUCGCGCCCUGCUAAACGCCGCGGUGGAGAUGAACCCCAAUGACCCGCAGCUGCACGCCAGCCUCGGGGUCCUGCACAACCUCUCGCGUCGCUUCGAGGAGGCUGCCAUGAACUUCCGCCGCGCUGUCGACUUGAACCCCGACGACCCGCAGAUGUGGAACAGGCUCGGCGCGACACUUGCCAACGGCAACAAGCCGCAGGAGGCCCUCGAGGCGUACAACCGCGCGCUUGACAUCAACCCGGGUUACGUGCGCGCCAUGUACAACAUGGCGGUGUCGUACUCGAAUCUGGCGCAGUACCCGCUCGCUGCAAAGGAGAUCACACGGGCCAUCGCUCUGCAGGCCGGGGGCACAAAUCCGCAGAGCGAGGUCUCCCGGAUGGCAACCCGCGGCCUGUGGGACCUCCUUCGCAUGACGCUGAACCUCAUGGACCGCACCGACCUCGUUGAGCUUUCGUGGCAGCAGGACGUGAAACCCUUCUUGAAGGAGUUUGGGCUGGAGGACAUGGCCUUCUGA